GACUUCCGCUGGGGCUAACAGCACAGAGAACACUGCAUUGUGCACGUAUUUGUGUCGCACUUGAGGCAUAUCAUUCGAGACGUGCUGGUGAACCAUGACUCCGCUAGCCACAUUCUUCACUGCAUGCUUGUUGUUAUGCGCCGUUCAUGGCAAAACAGCCAAAAAGAAGGAGACAGAAUGUAAGAGAGGCAGUGUAACUAAGGUCCUCGCAGCUUUGCAGGAGGAGACGUAUUACCUCACGCGUACAACGAAUACUACGCGGGAGCCCUGUUAUUUCCUGUCUAGUCAGGGGUUAAACGAAGAGUGCGUGUCCGGGACGCCAGUAAUGUACGGAUACAAGGAUGGCAAAAAAUGGGUUAACGUAACAGAAGGGGUCGCAGAGCAGAGAGACGAGAAAGUCCCGAAAGAGCAGAUAUUUCCUUCAGAUCUUCGUGGGCCACUGAGCGGAAAGAGAGUACCAGUUCAGGGCAACAACUGUUUCGUCCUCCGUUUAAAAGACGAGAUUGAGCUGUGGGUCACGAAAGCUUUCGUUGACACCUCAACAUGCUGCAAAUCGACGUUCGAUAAGAUCACUAAAAAACAAACAAGCCAGACGACAUACGAACCCGAUUUCUGCUGAGGGCGCCUUCAGUUGUAAACGUCUGCGACAAUGCAUCUCAAUAAAUUGUUUGAAAAUGUC